AUGUCUGGGAACCAGGAUGAAUCACCCAUCCCAGGCCCACCUACCAGCUCAGGCACCAGAUCACCACCCAUCAUCGAACGUUCGAAGCCAGUGAUCCCAGACAUCCAGCCCCAUGACUCUGUCCCUGCUCCAACCAUGCGAUCUACCAUUUUCUAUCUUCACCAAGCUGGACUUCACAACCCUUCGCCAUUAACUCCGCUCCCAGAGUCCAAGGUUCACACCCACGCUUCCAUCGUCCACAAACCCCCAGCCCAUGACUGGCAACUUGGCUCCAAGUGA